AUGGGAAGCUUAAGUGUAAGAAAAUAUUUUCUAGGGUUCAUUCUUGUGGCUGCAUGUUUCGUAAGCAAUGUGGUUAUGGCUUCAGUUGCUGGUAUAGUCACUCCUGCUUUUUUCAACGCAAUUGCUAAUAAAGCUGCCGGAAAUAAUGGCUGCGAAGGGAGGGGAUUCUACACCAGAGCUGCCUUCCUUAAGGCCGCCGGUGUUAAUCCCAGGUUCGGAAACACCGGUUCUCCCGACAUCGUUAAGCGCGAGAUCGCCGCUUUCUUCGCUCACGUCACUCAUGAGACCGGAAGUUUUUGCUACAUUAACGAGAUAAACGGCGGGUCGAGUGACUACUGUGACGAGAGCAACAGGGAAUACCCGUGCGCCCCCGGGAAGAAUUACUACGGGCGAGGACCGCUGCAGUUAUCGUGGAAUUACAACUACGGAGAAGCCGGGAAAAGCGUGGGAUUCGACGGGCUGAGAAACCCCGACAUCGUGGCCAAGGAUGCUGUUGUGUCGUUCAAGGCUGCAUUGUGGUUCUGGAUGAACAAUCAGUGUCAUUCCAUGAUUACGUCGGGGCAGGGUUUUGGGGCGACCAUUCGCGCCAUUAAUGGCGAUAAAGAGUGCGUUGGGCGCAAUGCUGAUGCUGUGAGGUCACGAAUGGGGUAUUACACUGAAUAUUGUAAACAACUGGGCGUCAACCCAGGUGCUAAUCUCUCAUGUUAGAUCGAGAUAUAUGGAAUUGAAGCAUGAGAUAGAGAAUAUUUUCCAUUGUCAACUUGGGUAGGUGUGUUAGGUACGUUUUAGUAGGGUUAUAUUAUUAUAACUGUUUUGAAAUAAUUUCAAUUGUCAUCAACUUGGGUGUGGGUGUGCUUUACUAGGAUUGUUAUGUAAAAUAUUUUGGAAAAACCAUUCAUAAAG